AUGCAAAAUAAAGAAAAAGGAAAUGAAACAACCAUUUUAGAAUUCAUCCUUAUGGGUUUGGCUAAUAAUUCUGAUUUGCAGCCUCUCCUUUUCUUGUUCUUCCUAAUGGUUUAUCUUGUGACAAUGACUGGGAAUAUUCUCAUCAUUUUGCUAGUUGUUGCAGACCACCACCUUCACACCCCCAUGUACUUUUUUCUGGGGAAUUUGUCCUGUCUGGAAAUAUGCUAUAGUACAGUAAUUUUGCCCAAAAUGUUGGUCAAUUUGUUUAGUGGUCAGAGGUCUAUUUCAUUGAGUGGGUGCAUGGUCCAACUUUACUUGUUUGGUUCUUGUGUUGGUAUAGAAACAUAUCUCCUUGCUGCCAUGUCCUAUGACCGAUUUCUGGCAAUAUGUAGACCUUUACAUUAUUCUUCCAUCAUGAACACAAAAUUUGGCUUCCAACUUAUAACAGGCGUAUGGACUGGUUCUUUGCUGGCUAACUGCAUAACAGUAUCUCUGAUGGCAAGGCUAACUUUCUGUGGCCCCAAUAUCAUAAAUCAUUACUUCUGUGAUCUACUUCCAAUAAAAGACCUCUCCUGCAGUGACUUAAGCCUGAUUGAACUUGUAACCACUCUCUUGACUUUCAUUUUUACUGUUACUCCUUUCCUGUUGACUCUCACAUCCUAUAUUUUCAUCAUUACCACCAUCCUAAAGAUAACUUCUGCCACUGGAAGGCAAAAGGCUUUUUCAACCUGCUCCUCUCAUCUCAUGAUUGUUUGUCUUUUUUAUGGUACACUAAUAAUUGUCUAUAUGUUGCCAGAUGCACCCACUUUGAAAGAUCUGAAUAAAGUAUUUUCUAUUUUCUACACUGUCUUGACUCCUCUGAUAAACCCCCUCAUCUAUAGUUUAAGAAAUCAAGAGGUCCAGAAAGCCCUAAAGAGGGUUGGAUGCAAAGUGAUACAAUAUGGAAGGAUGUGA